AUGGAGAGCCCCAAAUCACCUCUUCAACCCCCAACCUAUGGAAACUUAGUCACAAUCCUCAGCAUCGAUGGUGGUGGCAUUAGAGGUUUAAUCCCUGCCGCUAUCCUUGCUUUCCUUGAAUCUGAACUUCAGAAAUUGGACGGAGAAGAAGCAAGGCUUGCAGACUACUUUGAUGUGGUGGCAGGAACAAGCACCGGUGGUCUAGUUACAGCCAUGCUCACAGCUCCUAACAAGGAAGGCCGACCCUUAUUUGCAGCCUCUGAGCUUAAAGAUUUCUAUCUUGAGCACUGUCCAAAAAUCUUUCCUCAAGAUCAUUUCCCAUUCUCGGCCGCCAAAAACUUGGUGAAGUCCUUGACUGGUCCUAAAUAUGACGGUGAAUACCUUCAUCAACUUAUCCAAGACAAGUUGGGUGAUAUAAGGUUGAAUCAAACACUUACCAAUGUUGUCAUCCCAACUUUCGAUAUCAAGCAUCUUCAACCUACUAUAUUCAGUAGCUACGAGGUAAAAAACAAUCCUCUCAAGAACGCAACCCUCGCUGACAUUGCCAUCUCAACUUCAGCAGCCCCUACAUACUUGCCUGCCCAUUUCUUCAAAACUGAAGAUUCAGCCGGAAAUGUCAAAGAGUACAAUCUUAUCGAUGGUGGAGUUGCAGCUAACAACCCGGCUUUGGUGGCCAUUGGAGAGGUGACAAACGAGAUAGUAAGAGGCAGCAGUGACUUUUUCCCGAUAAGACCAAAUGAUUACGGAAGGUUUCUUGUGCUUUCCCUUGGAACCGGAAACCAUAAAGCCGAAGAGAAAUUCAAUGCACAAGAAGUAGCUGGUUGGGGAAUGUUGAGUUGGUUAACACACGACAACUCUACACCUCUCAUUGAUGCUUUCAUGCAAGCUAGCUCCGAUAUGGUUGAUUUUCAUCUCUCUUCUGUUUUUCGAGCUCUUCAUUCUGAAGCCAACUAUAUCCGCAUCCAGGAUGACACAUUAAAUGGGGAUGCAGCUUCUGUUGAUAUCUCUACCCUUGAGAAUCUAGACGUUCUUGUAAAGACAGGAGAUGAGCUACUCAAGAAACCUGUUUCAAGAGUCAACCUUGAUUCGGGUUGCAACGAAAAUGCUUAUGAAGUGACCAAUGAGAAGGCUCUUAUCAAGUUAGCUGGAAUACUUUCGAAAGAAAAGAAGAUCAGAGACUUGCGAUCACCUCAUGGAAAAGCGCCAAAUAGGAAUUGA